AUGUUGAGAUCAUUACUCAGGCCGGUGAACAUAUUAACCAACAUAAUCAAAGAAAAACCUAGAUACUCGUGGCAACGUUACGCAGUAUUCCAUAUUCAACAAGAAAAACGAUGUUACUCCAACACAAACCAGGACCCCAAAUACAAAACACCCCUUUCAAGUCUACUGAGUAAUACCCCUAAAGAACAGGCCCAAUCUGAAACAAAGCAGGACACAAACGAUGAAGAAGAAAAAGCUAAACAACGCGAACAAUCCUGGCGUACAAUGAAACUAACUUUGUUGUUUUUUGGAGUUGGAUUUAGUUCUAUUGGUACGUAUAUGGUUGUUUCGCUUGGAGCCCCUCAAAAAGACGAAGAUGGUGUACCAAUAAGAGACCAGUAUUCAGAUUAUUUCUUAAUUAAACAAUAUUUCCUAAGAGCUAUAAGGGAACUAGAGUAUUACCGCAAAUUAAUAAGAGAACCUUCCAGAGAAAAACUACUUCCAGAUCCUUUACAAUAUCCUUACAUCCAACCAAAAUAUACUUUAGUACUGGAGCUGACAGAUGUUUUAGUGCAUCCUGAUUGGACCUACAAUACUGGCUGGAGAUUUAAAAAGCGUCCUUUAUUAGAUUAUUUCCUUGAAUCUCUCAAAGAUCAAUAUGAAAUUGUUGUUUAUACAGCUGAACAAGGGAUGACUGUAUUCCCUUUAAUUGAAGCUAUUGAUCCUAAAAACAUUAUCGCCUAUAAACUAGUAAGAGAUGCUACACAUUUUACUGGAGGCAAUCACGUUAAGAGCUUAGACAGACUGAAUAGGGACUUGACCAAAGUAAUUUGCAUAGACUGGAAUGGUAACAAUGUGAAAUUCAAUCCUGAAAAUUUGUUUAACAUUAAAAGAUGGAAUGGAAGCGACGACGAUACCUCACUGUUUGACCUAGUGAGUUUCCUCAAAGCCAUUGCGGAUAACGAUAUUGAAGAUGUCACAGAAGUACUUAAAGUUUACAGUAAAUAUGAUGACCCAAUAAUGGCGUUCAGAGAAAAGCAGAAACGUUUGAUAGACGAAUUGGAAGCUCAGGCCGCAGCUAAACGUGAUCAAGAAGGCAGCAAGUAUUCCAGAUGGACCCCGAGUUUUUUGAAGAAGAAUGUUGUUUAA